CCGCGCAGAAGAAAGCGAACAAACGAACGAACGGAAAAAGAGAAGGAAAGAAGAAAGAAAGCCCCCAAUAAAACCCGAACCCAUACCCCAACUUCCACCGCCUUCGACUUCAAGAAGCCCAAGAGACCGAAUAAUUCUCCAAUUCCUCUCCGUUCCCCUCUUUAUUAAUUCCCUCGACUCCUCUCGUAUUCGCCGUAUUUCUUCAUCUCAUACCAUCGAGUUAUUCUCCGAAUCCGAGAGAGAUUAAGAGUGGGGAAUGCGAGAGGGCUGCGUUCUUGGAGUUGGAUUCGAUCGAGGGAUUUUUCGUCUAGGGUUUCGCGGAUUGGGCGACCGGCGGGCCGAUCGAUGAGAGCCCCGACCGGCGGGAACCCUAGGGUUAGAUGCUCAUCGCCGCCGGCCUUCUCGCGCUGGACCUCUCGUCCCUGCUCCAGUUCGUGCUUGCCGCGCUCCUCAUACUCGCCGGGGCUCUCCUUCUGGUGAGGAAGGCCGCUUCCAGGUACUUCGUCGUCGACGCCAGCUUCGAGACCGCCACCACGGGGUACGAGGCGCGGCGCCAGAUGUCGAUCGGCGGCGAAAGUAGCGGCGGAGGCGACGUCUGUGCUUCCUGUGGGAGCUUGGCGACCAAGAAGUGCUCCCGGUGCAAGAGCGUCCGCUAUUGUUCACAAGCAUGCCAGUCAAAGCAUUGGGAAGCCGAGCACAAGCAUAAAUGCAAGCAAAUUAAGUUGUUAGAUAAGGCAGAGGUUGUUUCUUCUGGAAAUGGUGCUUGCAGAAGAAGGAAAUCUUCUGGGUUUAGCUCAAUUUCAUUAGUUCCUGCCCAAGGAACCUGCAAGGUGCUGCAUGAGCCAAAAAAGAUUCUUUUUCCUUAUGAUGAAUUUGUGGAGCUUUUCAACUGGGCUAUGCCAGGGUUUCCACCUUGUGGACUAGUUAAUUGUGGGAACAGUUGCUUUGCUAAUGUGGUUCUACAAUGUCUUACAUGCACUAGACCACUUGUUGCCUAUUUACUGGAGAGAGACCACAGUAGAGGAUGCUUUAGGAAGCGGGAUGAUUGGUGCUUCUUAUGCGAGCUUCAAGUACAUGUUCAAAGGGCAAGUAAAAGUUCUCAGCCUUUUCAACCUAUGAAUAUUCUUAAUCGACUGCCUAAUAUUGGUGGCAACCUUGGGUAUGGCAGACAGGAGGAUGCUCAUGAAUUCAUGAGGUUUGCGAUUGAUACAAUGCAAUCAAUUUGCCUUGAUGAGUUUGGAGGUGAAAAGGCUCUGGAUCCCAGUACCCAAGAGACAACCCUUAUUCAGCACAUAUUUGGUGGUCAUCUCCAGUCUCAGGUGAUAUGUACAAACUGCAAUGAGGUCUCAAAUCGCUAUGAGAAUAUGAUGGAUUUGACAGUUGAAAUUCAAGGGGAUGCCGAGUCUUUGGAGGAAUGCUUAGAUCAAUUUACUGUCAAGGAGUGGCUUGAUGGAGAGAAUAAGUAUAAAUGUGAUGGAUGCAAUGAUUAUGUUAAAGCAUGGAAACGUCUUACAGUUCAUCAGCCUCCAAAUAUCCUCACAAUUGCUCUUAAGAGAUUCCAGAGCGGUAGAUUUGGGAAACUAAACAAAAGAAUAACAUUUCCUGAGAACUUAGAUCUCACUCCAUACAUGAGUGGCAAUGGAGAUGGCACUGAUCUGUAUUCACUGUAUGCUGUCGUUGUUCACCUGGACAUGUUGAAUGCUUCAUUUUUUGGUCACUAUGUUUGUUAUACCAAAGACUAUCAUGGGCACUGGUAUAGGAUUGAUGACUGCAAGGUCUUGAAUGUCGAAGUGGAGGAAGUACUUGCUCAAGGUGCAUAUAUGCUCUUAUAUUGCAGGAAAACUGCCCGUCGGGAGCCUUUUGUUAAGCCUGUGGAUCCACCAAGGCAACAGCUCUCUGAAGCAAAUCCCAAGUUAUCAAGCCCUUCCACGGUAUCGAACUCCUUCAAGGUUUCCUGCCUGCCUUCUGAUGUUGAUAGCAAACCAAAUUCUAUUGAAGCAUCCUUGUUGAAGAAUACUGGACCUGAGAAAAUAUCUUCUGAAGGUGAUUUUAUAAAGAACAGAGAGCUGGAAGAUAUGGAAACGGAUGCACCUGCCAAGGUAAACCAUGUGACCUUACCUAGAGGUUUAGGAAAUAUGGAUAUGGAUGGUCCUUCGUUAAGUUCAUCGGUACCAAAGGAUCUUGAAGAAGGGAACCCUAGUCUUUGUUUUCCUGUGCCCUCUCUAAAUUAUAUGCAUUUGAAUUCUCCUCAGGAGCUUCCAUCCGUCGAAAUUCAUACAGUGGCAGAACCCUGUGUUUGUUCAGAUUUGGAAAGUCAUAUGGAAGAAGAUAAUGAUGGAUCAACUGGUAUAGCGGAAGCAUCCAAGGUGUCAAUACUGGAUCUCUCAGUCACUGGUCAAAAUAUUGGUGAUAAGAUAGCUGAUCCAUCUUCUGCUGUUCCUACCAUAAAUUCAAGUCUGGUUUCCGAACCUUCAGAUGAUUUGAGGCCAGAAUCAGAGCAGGCAGUAGCAGCAUGCAGCCCAUCAGGUUCAGCUAAUGGAAUUAGCAGGUUGGAUGACACCUCUUUUAUAGAUAAUGGAAACAAGGGUUUGCCAUCAUGUUGGGAGAAUGGUUAUAGAAGCAAACCAAAGCCCCUAUUUUCUCGUGGUUUUCUAGACAGGCCUGCCAGAAAGAAAUCUGUUGAUAGUAGUAGACAAAACCACACAGGAAGUCAUGGAGUUGCUCUUGUUCCCAGGGUAAAUGGUUACUGCAAUGGUCAUUCUGAUCUUGGGUUGUCAGAGCAAGAUUAUGAUAAUUGUUCUGCCAGUCUGAAGUCAUCUUGUGAAAAUGGCAGAGGGAUUAUUCGAGGUGACAUGUCGUUCAAAUCUCGUGGUUUCCUGAGAAGUUCUUAUACAAAAUCAUCAGAUGAAGAGGGGGUUAAGAAAACAGAGAUGCAGAAAUUUGAUUAUCGUAGCAAACCCAAGUGCAAUGGGUCCGUUGAACAGGCUUCUGUUGACAAAUUAGAUUUUAGGCCAGAGGCCUACUGCUCAAAUGGCAUAGACUUCACUAAAAUCAACCAUGAGGAGUUCCGUGAGACUGCUUUUGUUCAUGAAAACGGCAGUAAGGUCUACAAGAAAGAUGGUCCACUGACACCAGCUUUACAGAACAUGAAUGUUGGGUUGGGAGAUCUGCUGAAACCACCGUCUGGGUGUCUCAAUGAGCAUGACAUGUAGCGGUUCAGUAGUAGGUUGGCUUGCUCAGAUUCUAUAGAGGAAGAUGGAAGUAUUAUUUCAGGUGAUUAAGUGACAAGUAAUAGUUUGUAGAUGUGGGUCAAAAUUGCUCAGAGUACCGCGACAAUAUGUGCAGGCAAUGAUUGGACUGCGGACCAGCCGAAGUUAACCUGAGGCAAGAAGACUGCCUGAUUUGGUGGUUAAGCAUUCUUAGGGCACUUGCCAAAAAGAGGGGGCUUGCUUUCCGUCUUGUUUGGUAUAAUUAUUUUUUUCAUGGUUCCACUGAAGACAGGAGUGGAGGUGGGUCUCUGAGUUUCCACACAAUUUGCAGAAUCACAGAGGCUCCCCUAAUACCAUGUUCUCAUUAGUAUUUGUGCUGUAUAUUCUUAUUUUUUUCUAUUAUCUAGAACUGAAAUAAACUAUAUACAGUACGGAGUUAUUGCCUGCUCCUUUUUAUGAUGCUGAUCAUCGCAGUUGGGCAAGUGGAUAUUUUAUCAAUUCUGAUAGAACGUUGAUUGCAAAAGAUAGUUAUUAUUGGUU